GUCAAUAUUUGGACUGUUUCAAGGAUGGUUCGAUUCAGUAUUCAACAAAGUUGAUGAGGCUCGGAUUAAAGAGGUUGGAGUAGAUAGAGCAGCUGCUGAAUGGGUUCUCAGGUGUGGUGGAGGAGUGAAGUGGGAGGGGGGAGGAAGAAUGUUGACGGAUUAUAAUGCCCUCCCCGCAGGGAAUUACAG